AUGCGCAUGGGCGGCUCGUCGCCGCUCGAGACGAUGGCGGCGCGGCUCGCCGGACGGCCCAAAGACGCGCCGUCGCCGGCGGGCGCUCCCAGCCGAGGACGAGCCUUGACGCGGCCGGGCUUGACCGCGACGGGCCCCAACCGAGGCGGUCCGGCGGGAAUCCGCGACGUGCAACGUAUGACGCGUAUGGCGCGGGUAGAGUCCCUCGCGGCUGGCGGCGAGCCCAACAUGCGGCUGACCGCCCUCUUCGACGACCUCGCCGCCUCCUUCGCGUCCAUCGAGGACGUCGUCAGCUUUGGCAUCAACGCAAACACCUUCAAAGGACGAGCGAGCGUGGCAGAUCCGCGCUCAGCGCUGGCAUACCCGCUGGCGAUCGUGCGAGUCUUUGGGCGGUGGGGCGUCAAGAUGCCGUCCUACAAAGCCCUCGUGGCCGAGCUCAAUGGCCUUAUGCGCCUCUAUCUGAUGUACCCGUACUCGCUCAUGCCGAAGCGAGCGGAACCCAUGCGGUGGGGAAUGGUCAUCAAAAUGGACCGCUUGCCGCUUGACGGCCGGAUAAUCGGCGGAUACGCGUGGGACGACUCCGUACAUCGUGUCUUCACGUUCAGGCGACUCAGCCGGUUCCUCUUCCGCACCGCCUUCCGUCUCGGUGAGAUCUGUGGACACGCGUCCGGCGAGAUCAUGUACCUCACGCGAUCCAGCGUAGUGUGGAGAAUCAACGUGAUAAUCCACUCCAACCCUUCGCGGGCCCUUCUGCGUUCGAUGGUGCCUAACAGAGACGGCUGCCUCGUUACGCCCCCUCGCUGCCCCUUCACCAUCUUCAUCGGACUAAGCGCGAGGGAGGAAGCGGCAGCGAAGAUCUACACCUGGCACUCCUACUGCUCCGGCCUUUCUACGGCGCUCCACGCCGCGGGAGUCCCAGACGCCGUCAUCAUGCUAAUGUGCCGCUGGAUGUGCGAAGCGUCGCUGCACGUCUACCGCCGAUCGGGUGCCGUCGCCCACGAAGCGAACUUUUGGGCAGCCACGCGUGCGGACGUCAGCAACAUCCAGGCCGCCAAUGUUCCAAACGUAGUCAUGGACCAGGGAAUGGCAGACGUGGCCGACUUCUGCUCAAGGCAGUGCGCUGCGGAUAAGGCGGCGUACUACGCAUGCAAAGAGUUCGGCGGAGCCGGCUGGGCGGCGACCGUGUUGCGAUGCUCCAAGCACACCGCAAUCGUCCGGUUCACGUACACCACGGGAGCCGCCUAA